CCGCUCACCAUGGAGACCGAGCGUCUCGGGGUGGGCCAGACUCUGGGGGCCCUCAACGCGGCCCUCGGGCCGGGGGGCCCCGUGUGGUUCAAGGAGACGCACGCCCGGCACCUGCGGGUUCGAGACUUCCUGGCGCCGCGCCGCGCGCUCCAGGCGCGCUUCGGGGACGGGCAGGUGCCCGAGCGCGUGUUCCACGCGGUCGCCGGUGUGCAGGGCCCCGGCGUGGCGCCGGUGCUGCGCUGCGAGCCGACGCCCGCGGGCUUGUCGCUGCGGCUGCAGAGGCCCGCGGUGUUCGGGCGCGUGCUGGGCGCCGUGGCCGCCUACGCCGCGCCCGCCGCGCCGCGCACGCGCGCGCGCGUCCUGCUGCACUGCCCGGCGCUGCGCGGCCCCGCGGCGCUCCGCCUGAGCCAGCUGCGCGCCGUGCUCGUGGCCGAUCACCUCGCGCGCGCGCUGCGCGCCCAGGGGGUCUGCGUGCGCCUGGCGCCCGCCCUGCGGGACCCGCACAUGCAGAACUUUCUAGAGAAACUAAAGGUUGACUGGCCCACUGCCCCGGAGACUGCCUCCUCCAUCCCCACCUUGAGUCGCCUGCUUGCCCAGCUCGAUCCCGCUCAGGACGGGGAGCCCCUGCCCCGCGGCGCCUUGGGACGACUGUCCCUAAAGGAUGUGGCGAACGAGCCAGGCCACAGAGCCGGCUAUGAUCCUCACGUGGACAACUGUCUGGUCACGGAGGAUCUGCUAGCCGUGCUGUCUGAGCUGCAGGAGGCUGUGCGCCAUUGGCCAGAGGGCUGCUCCCCAGAUGCGGCUGGGGCUCCCGUGGCUGGGGCUGAGGAUGGCUGCGUGGCCAUCCACGUGGUGAGCUGUGAGGAGGAGUUCCAGCAACAAAAGUUGGACCUACUCUGGUGGAAGUUGGAUGAGCAGGCGCCCGUCACCCAGAAACACCUGGUCUGUGGCCCAGUGAAAGUAGCAGGUGCACCUGACAAUCAGAUGACUGCCUCUGAGUACUAUAAGCUCCGGCAUGCGCAGGUGUGCAAGGCCUCAGCAAUGAAGCACGGUGGGGAUGUGACCAAAGACCCAAACUGGACAGAGGUCUUCGGGGUUCUGUGUGCUGCCACAAUCAAGUUUGAGAUGCUAAGCACAGGCCCUCAGAGUCAGCUCCUCCUGGCUGACAGCAGCACCUCCACAAAGAGCACGAAGAGCGGCGUCUUUGUCAUGUACAACUGUGCCCGACUUGCCACACUUUUUGAGGGGUAUGAGCGCAGUGUAGAGCAAGGCCUGUAUCCCCCUUUCCCACCAGUGAGCAGCCUGGACUUCUCAUUGCUACACGACGAGGGUGAGUGGCUGCUGCUCUUCAAUGGUGUCCUGCCCUUCGCCGACCUGCUGAGCCAGGCUGCAGCCCUGACGUGCGCAGCCCCGGGGCUGCACGUCACUGCGCGCACAGAGCUGGUGUGCAAGUUCCUGGUCCAGCUGAGCAUGGACUUCAGUUCCUACUACAACAGGGUACACGUCCUAGGGGAGCCUCGGCCACACCUCUUUGGUCAGAUGUUUGCUCGCCUACAGCUGCUGAGGGCGGUGCGGGAGGUGCUGCACGCAGGCCUGGCUAUGCUGGGCCUCCCUCCGCUCACCCACAUCUGAGGCCGCAGGAGCACCCCAACAGCUGGGGGUAUUCACAGUUCCACCGGGGAAACCAAAACUAAAAGUCACAGAUGUUAAGGAGCUUGGGCCAAAAUAAACUGUUUCCGUUCCA